AUGAGGCCGUCAAUACCAUCGUUAAUCCCGGCGCUUCUCGUCGCGCUUUCGCCACUCACUUGCGCCGAGCGCCUGCUCACUUCGACAUCGCUCAAUCCCUGUCAAGAGAACUCCAACUUCUCCGCCACCCUUUUCGAUGUCAUCUUCACGCCCGACAACCGCACACUGGCAUUCGAUGUCAACGGAGUCAGCAGUAUCACCGGAAAUGUCACGAUUGAGCUUGUCGUGCUCGCGUACGGCCUGUCUUUGUAUAAGACCACCAUCGACCCUUGCGACUCGGACGACUUCCAGGGACUGUGUCCCAUGAAUGAGGGCCAGAUCAACCUGAACAGUAACGCAGAGAUUCCUGCCGACUCGAUCACGCGGGUGCCAGGAAUCGCAUACACCGUGCCAGACUUGGACGCCAAGGUGCAGGUGUACUUCAACCAGACCAACUCCGGCACGUCAGUCGCUUGUGUCGAAGCUGAGCUCUCCAACGGAAAGACUGUGGAUCAGAAGGGUGUGGCAUGGACAAUUGCAGUGCUUGCCGGCCUGGCGCUUGUUGCCUCGGCCAUCACGUCUGGCCUUGGACACUCGAACACUGCUGCACACGUGGCUGCCAAUGCCAUGGCACUCUUUGGAUACUUCCAAUCGCAAGCCUUCAUCGGCAUGAGCGCUGUUUCGCUUCCACCUAUUGUCGCGUCCUGGACCCAGAACUUCCAAUGGAGCAUGGGCAUCAUCCGCGUCGGCUUCUUGCAGAAGCUCGCCACUUGGUACCAGCGUGCUACUGGCGGAACUCCCUCGACCAUCCUUACUAGCUUGUCUUCCAGCUCCGUCAGGGUCGAGAAGCGAGGUCUUACAGGUAGCGCUGAUCAGGCCUUCAACUUGAUGAAGCGCGCUGCCGUCAAGAUCAACAACCACAUCUUGCAAGCUCGUUCCAACGCUGGAUCUUCUACCAACACGGACAGUUCCCAACAGGUCGUUGUUAGAGGCAUCGAGCGUGUCGGCUUCCGUGCGGGUAUUGAGCGCACCAACAUCUUCUUGACGGGUUACAUCUUCUUCGUCAUCUUCGUCAUCUUCGUCCUCCUCGGCGUAGUCAUCUUCAAAUUUGUCUGCGAAGGACUCACCAAGGCUGGCCGCAUGAAGGGCGACAAGUUCCAGGACUUCCGAAACGGAUGGACCACCGUACUCAAGGGCAUCCUUUUCAGAAUAGUACUCAUUGGCUACCCACAGAUGGUCGUGCUAUGCUUCUGGGAAUUCACACGAAUCGACUCUGGCGCUGAAGUCGUACUGGCUGUUUUCACCAUCUUCCCAAUGCUCGCCAUCCUGGGCUGGGCCGUGUUGAAGGUCAUCCGCCUGGCGAACCGCAGCAUCGCGAUGCACAAGAACCCGGCUUACAUUCUUUACUCCGACCCAGUCUCGCUCAACAAGUGGGGUUUCCUCUACGUCCAGUUCAAGGCCGCUGCGUACUACUUCAUCGGUCCAGUGCUGAUCUACCUCCUGGUCAAGGGCAUGUUCAUCGCUCUCGCUCAGGGCAGCGGAGUUGCACAAGCCAUUGCCCUUGUCAUCAUCGAGUGUCUCUUCCUGAUUGCUGUGUGUGUGCUCCGACCAUACAUGGACAAGAAGACCAACGCUUUCAACAUUGCGAUCUGUGUUAUCAACUUCCUAUCUGCAAUCUUCCUAUUGGUCUUCUCCGAUAUCUUCGGUCAACCUGGUAUCGUCACUGGUGUGAUGGGUGUCAUCUUCUUCGUCUAUAACGCUGCCUUUUCUCUCAUCCUACUUAUCAUCGUCGGCGUAGCAUCAUGCUUCGCAUUGUUCUCCAAGAACCCCGACACUCGGUACCAGCCAAUGCGCGACGACCGUGGCAGUUUCAUCAAGUCGCAGUCGCAGCUCACCACCGAGCUGGACGCGUUAGGUGCGACUGCUCGUGGUGAGGGCAAGCACGGCGAGUUCAACAAGGGAGGAGCACGCAUUGAAGACGACGACGACAGCUGGUCUGGCAACAGCAGCGACAGAACCAAGGUUGAGACGGGCUAUGGUGGCUACAACAGCAACAUACCUCGAAGCCCUAUCAACAGCAGCGCGCCUGCUUUCCCAUCAGACAAUGGCAGUCAACGACAUCUGCCACCUUACGAGAGAACGGCCUCGAUGACGAGCAGUCAAAAUCGUUUUCGUCAGCAACAGAAUGCGAGUCCUUGGCAAAGAGGAGCCGGAUAUGAUUAG